UUGUAAGAAGAAGGAAAUUCAUGUCAAAAAACAUGGAAGCGAAGCUGAAGUAGUGAUUUGUGAUUGGAAAAUAUCGAUUUGUGGUUCUUAAAUAGCACUAAAACCGAUAUUCAUUAUCCGGAACUGGUGUCUGCCAUCAUGGAACGGUUUGCGAUCAACAUUUUGCAUAAGCAGAUCUACAAAAUCUGCCGUCUAUGUGGUGUAGAUAAUCCGGUAAAAUUUCCUAUCAUCGAAGAAAACGAGACCGUCAUAGUCGGCGACGAAGAUGAAGCGACGCUCGUGAGAAAAAUAGAGGAAUGUGUUGGUAUACAGGUCUCCAAAGAUGAUAGAAUGCCGCAGAAUAUUUGCUCUCUCUGUGUGGAUAAGAUCAAUGAUUUCUUCGAGUAUCGAUUGAUGUGCGCAGCGACAAAUCUGCAAACUAGAACCAUUUUGAACCUGCCGUUGGUGGAUCCAACAAGAAAACUUCUUCCUCUGAUUGGCGAUAGUUCGAAACCGGAGGUGAAGGAUUUCAAAACGGAUGUUAAAAAAGUUGAAGCAGCUAGUACCAGUGGCGUUAGUAGCACCAGUUCCAAUAAAAAAGGCAAAAAGAGGCGAGCCUCACCUUCACCGUCACCAUCACCAGCUCCUACUACCAGGGUUAAAGCUGCAGUUGAUAUAGUUAAGGAUGAACCCGUUCCAACGACACCGGUGAAAGCUCUCACGAAGAAAGAACGACUUAAACAAUUGCAGCAACAACAGAAACAGAAGGAAGAAAAUAAGAUUAAAGAUGAUAAGAAAAAGCUAAAGGAGGAUGAAAGGAAAAAAAUCAAAGAUGAGGAUAAGAGAAAAAUUAAAGAUGAGGAUAAAAAGAAAAUCAAAGAUGAAGAUAGAAAAAAGGUCAAGGAUGAAGAAAAAAAGAAAAAAGAAGAUGCAGUGGAAAGUUCAUCUGAUUUGAAGCAAACAAGAUCAAAACGUAAGGAGCUAACUCCGCCAAAGGAAAUAAAAGACGCAGAAUUAAGUGUACCGGCUCCAAAAAAGAUCAAAUUCGAACAUCCUUGUUCAUACUGCUCGGAUGAAUUCAAAACACAAGCUGAGCUAGAUGGCCAUCUAUGCAUUAAACAUAUUCCAGUGAUUCGCAAGUUUGGUUGCGGUUCUUGUCGUGAAACUUUCGAAACGGUUCUUGAAUUCAAAGAUCACAAUCUUUGGCAUCAAUUAACACGUACUUUAUACACGUGCUUCAAAUGUAAGCGAAAGUAUGAUAAGAAUGUGGCUUUAAUUAAGCAUAUCUCGUUGAAUGCUUGUGGUCGUGUUUCCAGGGGACGACCACCGGCGAUUAAACCGGAUGUUCAAUGUCGUCUGUGUAAUAAGAAAUUUAAGACACAGAAUUUGUAUGAAUGGCAUAGUUGUUUCCUGAAACCAAAAGCCAACUGUCCAAAAUGUAACAAAUUUUUCGUUAAGAAACCUGUCCUGACUCGACAUUAUAUGAUGUUUUGUACUGGAAGUCUUCCACCGCCGGAACCGGUCAUUAUUCCAAAAGAGGAACCGGUAGAUUCUGCUGAUAAAAAAAUAAUCGGGUCUCCCGCUAUAGUUUUAAAUAGUGCCGCUAGAAGAACCCGUGGCUCUGUUCCUACUGAACAAGAAUUGCCAAAAGAAGAACGUGAAAUUCCGUUCCCUCCGCCGUUGGAAUUGGCACAGGAAGCCGCAGCCUCCUCUCCGUCUGUGAGCAAAAAGAAAACUUUACGUCACAAAGAGAAUGUUGAAGCACAUUCACCAGGAUUGGAAACAGCAAAAAUCGCUUCACUGUUGGAUUCCGGUGCAAAAUUGGGACGUGAUACAGAUAUAGCAACCAUUAAUAACUUGUUAAGUUCUGUGACUGAGGCAAUAGCAAGUCUUUCAGAAGCUAAAGCUAAAAAGAAAAAGAAAAAGAAGGAUAAAAAUAAAGAGAAAGAUCGACCAGAGGAAGAACUGUCGGCAGGAAAUGCUGGAAAUUCUGGAAAUUCUCCCCGAACUGAAACUUCUCAUACCGAAACUCAUGCUGAAACUCCUCCCGUGGAAACACCUUCACCAGUUGAUGACAGCACGGUAGCGAUCGCAAUGGAGGUUGGUGAGAUGUCCUUAGACCAGCAGUUGGCAUUCUGUUCCGAUAAACUUCCAAUGGUGGUGUUGGCAAAAACACAAUUCAAACAGGAAUGUACUGAGAUUGACACUGAACCAUCGCAGCUGCAGGAACCGAUGGAUGAGGACGAAGAUGAAGAGGAUGAUUUUGUUGACAAUAGUGUAAACGACUAUUCAGAUUUUCAAGAUGCUGAUGAAGAUGCUGAGGAAGGCGAACUUGAAAGUAGACAGCGACAGAAGGAAUCACAGUUAGAAAAGGAAUCUACAAACGAAUCUACCGCAGAGGAAGAAGAAAUACCGUUCCCAAUGCCAAUCAAGCAAGAAGAACAGACCGAGUCGCAAAAUGAAAUCAAUGAAAAUGAAGAUGAGGAACAAGUUGAGCAUGGCGGGAAAUCUCCAACACAGACCGCACCACUACAAACUCCUGAUUUACCUUCUGUGGAUUCAGAAGCAACUGAAAAAGAUACUCAUUUUGAUGAACAGUUAGCCUUAAACAUUAAAAAAGAACCUGGUUUAGAAGAGGAAUGCGAAGCACCACCAGCCAAACGUAAACGACCUGGUUCGCAUCCAUCUCAUAAAUCAAAUAAAAUCGAUAAUGAAUCCCCAAAACCAUUGUUGAUCCUGAAAAUUAAAAAGGAAAAGGGAUUGCUUAACGCUUCAGUUCCAUCUACCCCGGACAUUAGAACAAUUGUUCUAGACGAUGACGACGACGAUGGAAAUAACGAGCCAGCAGAGAAACCGAUUCCGUCAAAGAGCAAAAAGAUGGUUUAUAAGAAACCUAAUUUCCUGGCAGUUAAAAUCAAGCAAGAAAAAAUUGAUCCAGCAUAUGAAAAGAUUGUAGACAAACCACCAGAGCUUCCAGUGAAUGUCCAAAUUAAACAAGAGCCGGUUGACGAAGAUCUUCCUCCAACAUCUGUAGCACAGGAGAAAGAGUCCGGAACACAAACGAAAGUAACACAUAAAAAGCAUUCAAUAUUGAAUGAUAAUUCGGUCCCAACCGUCGUUGCAUUCGAUGGCGUUCGCAUCAAACAGGAGAAACCAGAAAAUCAGCCGGUUGCACUAACAGACCUUCCACCAGCCCAAGAUCCAAAACCAGUUGAAAAAAAGAAAAAGUCCAAGGUCAAAAUCAAUCCGUUUGCGUUACUCAAGCAAAGAAUGGCAGCGGAGGUUGCUGCUAAAAACUCAAAUGAACCUAAUACGCCAGCUAUGAUCGCCCAAGCGUCCUCUCCGCUUCCAGUGAUUACCAAUGUCGUUGGUAAUGCUCCAGCAGAGUCUUCGUUAGACAGUUCUUCAGGUAGAAACAUAGAGGAACGAGUGGCCGCCGAAAGCAUCACACAAGCUCCUUCAAACUUCCAGGAAAGUGAACAAGAAUUUCCAAUGCCAAUCAAACAGGAAGUUGUUGAAGAGCAGACAGAAUAUCCCGAUACUUCAAGUAGAGACGAACAAAAAGGUGUUGAUCAUGAUUUUCCCAUGCCAAUCAAGGAGGAGGUACCGGAAGGUGUGCCAGAUGAUGUUCCUGAGGAUGCUUCGGAUGAGGUAGAACCACCCGAGUUUCCUAUGCCAAUUAAGGAAGAAUUGGGUGAACCAGAAGCAAACGACGAUGAACCCACCAGCGAAUUAGAAGAAAACGUGUUGAGAACGGAAGCCACAGAUGAGACGAGUAAUGAAUCGAGGAACGAGGAGCUAGCGAGUGCAAGGGCAGAAUCAGCCGAGCUUGAAAUGGAUGAAAAAUCGAAUAGUGGAGAGCGUGUUGUUGAAAAUGAUAACGCAUCACACGAGCCGUUGCUUAAAAUUGAUGUGAAAACGCCGGAUGAAAAAGGUUCCUUGAGUAGUGAGAGCUCAACUAAUGCAGAAAUGGAAAGUGUGGAUGAUGAAAAGGUUUGUGAAGAAGUUGUUAUUCAGAAGCAGCACGAUGCGAUGGAAAGUGUUGCAAGCAGCGAUUUAUCCGAAAAAUUGCAGGAAGAGAAUGAAUUCAAUGAUGAAGUCACACCAAGAGAAAAUGAAUCUAAGAAUAGUGCAGACUUAGAAGUUGCGGAAAAUCGUGUGUCGGAAGGCGAUCCUAGCAAGUUUAUUCGGGAAGACGACCUGAAUAAUUGCAAAGAAAUAGAACAGCCCGACCAGAAAGAAUUAUUAGGUGACGAACAAGAGCAAACCACAUCUUCUAUUUCUGAUAUUCCGAUGGAUGAGUAUGCUCAGAGCUCGAAUGAUUCUAUCAAAGACAGUAAUAAUACAGAAGCUGCUGAGGAUAAAGAAAAGAAUAUUGAUUUGUUUCCUGCUAUUUGUGAAAAUCAGGAAGAUAAAAGUUGUGAAAAGGUGUCAGAAAGUACCAGCAAUGGGAGCACAAUCCAAAAAGUUUCUCCUGUUUGUGAAAAUCAAGAAGAUAAAAAUUGUGAAACGGCAUCUGAAAAUACCACCAAUGAUGGCACAAUUCAAGAUGUUUUACAACGAGAAAUCAAAUCUCCAGUUGAACCUCUCAUGGACCAGCAGGAGCAGCUCUCGAGUGACUCCACUACACCCGCAGUACUUCCAUUAACCUGCCACCCAGAAAUUAGUCCAUCGCAUCAGCAGACAUCAUCACAAUCUGUUAUUGAUGAGAUACAGAAUCUACUCACCGAAGGUCUGAAACCCGUCGCCGUUGUUGAUCCAGGUCAUCCGGUUGCACUUUCUGUCGAUGCUUCAUCCACUGCCACUGCGGAAGCAUCCAACAAUCGCAGUGGCUUGGAUGAUUUGGACAGCUUGCUGAACAACAAACUGGAGGAAAUUUCCGAUCAAUUGAAAAGUUUGCCAACAGACGCUGAAUCUACAACUGCCAACCAAGAUGAGGCCAUCAGUUUGGCAUUGGAACGGGAAUUGCUGGAUGAGAUGAUACCUCCCAUCGAAAAUCAAAAUAGUGACGCACUGCGAAAAGAAAUAAACUCAGCUUCGGCGAAUAGUAGUAAGAACUGCGAUAAUAGUAUGCCAUUGGUCGAGGAGAAUUCUGUGGUUGAUGAAAAUGUUGGUUCAAAGUCGUAAGAGCUCGAAACAUUAUCGAAAUUUGCCGUAUUAAUAUAGGUUUAUGCAUUUUGUUGGUAGUGAAACUAAGUUUACUAGGAUGAUGGCACCUAUUUUCAAUCCAUUAGACAGGGUGCCGUACGAUUUGAUCAAUUUCAAUUCGAAAAUGAAUCGAUUGAAUUUUUGCAGGAUAUGAAGUGCUCCUGUUUUCAUAAUCCCCUAUAAACGUCAUUAAGGAUGUAAGGGUCGUAUGCCGGUAGUUGAUUGGGCGUUUUCCUGGAAAUCAUAAGUAACGCAAUAACGAAAGCAAAAACCAAUUUUGCUACCUUUGAGGUUUUUGCAUUCAAAUUCAUGCUGGUGAAAAGUCUCUCUUGUCCGGCAUCGUUCCGUUGCAUCCGUUGAAGACGCCGUGCCGGUACAAAACCGGCCCGGAUAUGCAUGUCGGUUUACUAUAUGUACUAAUCGGAGACUGUUAAUCACAUAAACAAUUGCUCGGUUGGAUGAAUGAAGAAACAGAACUGAAAAUAGGUACCGUGAUCCGUUUUUAACAAUUUCUCAAAAGUAGUAGAGCUUGUAUAGUUUAUGUUCGAAAUAUGUGUCUUUCUUUUGGUAUACUGCCAAACGGUGAAAAUUAUAGUCUUUCUUUUUCUUGAUAAAAUAGUAGGAUAAAAGUUGCUUACAUUUGCUUAAUUUGCAAUUAAAACGGAACUUUUUAACCCGUAAAUUUUGACUGCUAACAGUGAAUACACUAGUUUAAGAGAUUGUAUUCAGAUUUAUGAAACAAACACAACCAUCUGUAUUGCUAUAAGUAAUAGUGGAUAGUGAAUUAAUAAUAAUUCAUAUAAAUUAAAAAAUAAACGUACGUAUUUGAA